ACUGUGUAAAACUCAUAAACAGUGUGUCCCAGCUCUAUUCUUCCCCCACUCAGCCAUUCCCAGACGUGCUUUCACUUUCAUCACAUAUCUCUGUCUGUGGACGUUACUGCUCAGCCCCUCCCUCUGCACUGAUCUGUAGCAUGAGAAAGUUUUCUUCCUGCUUCCUAGAAUGGCGUCUGCAGACCUGAAAGCUGAGCUGAGCUGCUCCAUCUGCCUGAGCACUUACACAGACCCUGUAUCCCUGAGAUGUGGACACAACUUCUGCCGGGACUGUAUUGUGAGUGUGCUGGAUACACAGGAGGGGGCUGGGGGAUAUUCCUGUCCGGAAUGCAGGGCAGAGUAUCAGGAACGCCCAGUACUGGAGAAGAACAGGAAGCUGAGUAACAUUGUGGAAAGUUUCCUAAGUAGUCACCCAGAGCCGGAGGAGACCCAGAUCUUCUGUACUUACUGUGACUCUCCUGUGCCGGCUACUAAAACAUGUCUACAGUGUGACGCUUCAUUUUGUGACAAACACUUGAGCAAACACAGUAAGUCUGCUGAACAUGUUUUAACUGAACCCACUGUUUCCUUUGAGCACAGAAAAUGCUCCAUACACAAGGAGUUGGUGAAGUAUUACUGCUGUGAGGACUCAGUUGCUAUCUGUACGUCUUGCUGGGAGGCCGGAGACCACCGGGGUCACCAUGGUGAGCUAUUGAAUGUAGUUUGUGAGAGGAAAAAAGAGACACUUAGAUCUAUCACUGAGACCCUGAAGUCUGAGAGAGAGGAGACUGAGAGGAGAGUGCAGCAUCUGCAGGGUCACAGGAGAGAGGAGAAGGAGAAAGCCGCCGGUGUCACUGAGAGAUUCACUGAUCUGUUUAGAGACAUCAGGGAGAAGUUAGACACCCUGGAGAGGGAGGUCCUGGGUGAGAUCUCCAGGCAGGAAGAGCAGAUGUCACUCUCAGUCUCUGAUCUGAUCACACAGCUGGAGACACUGAAGGACGAGCUGUCUAGGAAGAUUAGUAGCAUUGAGGUGAUGUGUAACAUCACUGAUCCAUUAACUGUCCUGAAGCAAGAACCAGAGAGUGAUGUCAUCAGUCAUAGGAGCUGUGAUGUCACCAGUGAUGUAAGAGUUGCUGGAUGUCUGGAUGAGGGAAUAAUCUCACAGAUGUUACAGAAGGGACUUUCCCACUUUAUUGGUAAUCUGAAGGAUCUACAGAUAAAGAUACAGUUCUUACUGCUUGAGAAAGCGGACAUAUUAAUGGAUACAAAGACAGCCUCUAAAUGCAUAAUAAUAUCAGGGGAUCGCAGAUCUGCUUCUGGUACUGAUGUAUAUCAGCAGAGACCAGAUGGACCAGAGAGGUUUGUAUCCCGGCAGGUGUUAAGUUCCUGUAGCUUCUCAUCUGGGAGACAUUACUGGGAAGUGGAUGUGAGUGCAGCAGAGAAAUGGCUGAUAGGGGUGGCCGGUCACAGUAUAGAGAGAAAGAUAUGUGGUAAUGAAUCAUACAUUGGUUAUAAUGGCAAGUCAUGGAGCCUGUGCUUUAUUGACAACCUUGGAGUACGAUAUAACAAUGUACAUAAAAAAAUAACUCCAGAUUCUCCUGUGCAGACAGUAAGGAUAUACCUGGACUAUGAGGCCGGGCGUCUGUCCUUCUAUCAGCUGUGUGACCCCAUCAGACACUUACACACCUUCUCCACCACCUUCUCUGAGCCCCUAUAUGCUGCCUUCUAUGUCUACAAGAAUUCCUGCAUCAAAGUCAUAAAGUAAAUACUGUAACAAGGAGAUUAUUAUCAAGAAAUCAUAAAAUAUAUUAAUUUACUGUGGGAAAUGAAUGAUUGAAUAUUUCUAAUGUAUUUCUUUGGAUAUUUUUUCCAUAUAAUAAAGAACAGACCAAAUACUAUUGUAGAGGUGAGAUCCAUUUGUUAUAUAAUUAAUUUAUGUGUUUAUCAAACAGUAACUUCCAUCCAGAACUUUUAUAUUGACUAAGUUAUAAUAACAUACAAAGUUCCCUAUAACUGGGGUGCAGAGUUCCCCUGAUCCGCAGACUCCAGAGGUCAGUGAUCAGGUGCUGGUCUGUUCCCUGAUACUAAGGAGGGUCUAUGCCAGGCAGACAGUGCUGGUGGUGAUGUCACCCUUUCUAGGAUGCCUCAUUCAUGAUGGUCUCAGGAGAGGGGCAUAAAACCAUCAUCAUCUUCUAUGUUUGGAAUAGGCUUUCUUAGUAGCAAAGAACAGAGCUUAAUUUAACAUUGAAGGUUACAGUGACACCUGCUGGAUAUGAGGGAUGCUGCACCCCCUAAUGAGCAGAACUUUUUAGCUUACACCAGAGGUCCUCAAACAUGGUCCUCAAGGCACCCCAAUGGUCCAGAUUUUAAGUAUAUCCAUAGUUGGCCACAGGUGUCUUAAUUAG